GUUUUUCGAAUUUUCGUGCCGCUUGUGUUUUGUGUCACAUAAAUUGUGUGUAUUGCACGAAAAAAUUGCCGGAAACGAACUUAUUGGGCGUGCAAUUAAUCAGUGAUUUUAGAUAAAAUAGAAAUAUGAGCAAGGAACAAGACUACGCAUCAGAUAGCGAUGAAAGUGACGAGGACUUUUGUCUAGAAAACGAAAAGGAAGCUGACUCUGGUGACGAAGAAGAAGAAAGCGAUAGCGAACAUGAUUCUGACAAUGAGGAGGCGCCGAAGUUAACAAAAAAGAAAGACUUGAAAACAGAGCCUGAAAGCAGUAAACGCAGCACGCGACAAACUGAAGCAAAAGAAAAUGGUCGUGAAGCAGCUGAAAAAGAUGAAUUGGAAUCUGACGAGGAGGCAGAAAAGUCCCGCUCCGAUGCGUUGUGGGCAGAUUUUCUGGGUGAUGUAGGCACAGUUAGUAAACCAGUAGCAAAGCCUAUGGAAAAGAUAGAAGCAGUCAAGCCCAAGGAGUCGCCCAAAUCGGCUAAGCUAGAGAAAAAGCCAGCUGUGGCUGACACGAAAACAGAGAUUCUAGACUUUGCCGGCGAACAAGUAGUGGUAGCACGGCCCCUGAACGGUUCCAGCUCGAGCGCAAAAGAGAAUCAAAAGCAGUCUUCCGUUAGCCCCAAGACUUUUGGAACAGCCAAACGUACGGCAAACGCGCCUCCAGCACUUGGCUUGGACUCGCUGCUAAAUCAGCUGGGCAAAAAGAAAAAAAUGUCUGUGCUGGAAAAAUCGCAGCAUGAUUGGAAGUCAUUUAAAAGCGAAGAGGGCAUUGAGGAAGAGCUACGCACCCACAACAUGGGCAAGGAUGGCUUCUUGGAGCGCCAGGACUUUUUGCAGCGCACCGAUCUACGUCAGUUUGAGAUCGAAAAAAACAUGCGACAGUCACGACGGCAAAAUUAAUUCAAAUGCUUAAGCAUUAUCAUUUUAUGCCACACAAUUACAUUCACACACAUUCGUACACUUUAAUUAAGCAUAGGACAUAUGAAUGUUUUACAAUAAGUUCUUAAAUUGUAUGUACACUUAAGGCUGAUGCCAGCCCAGCGCACUCUCAUUUAACAUAAAUAUCAACUAUUUUAAAUUGUAACCAUGGCAAAGCAACGAAAAGCAUCAAACUAUAUAAAACGGAUGAUUCCUGCAGAUGACUGUAAACUGUAAA